UCGGCCAUGGAGGUGGUGGACGAGACGGAGGCUCUGCAGCGCUUCUUCGAGGGCCACGACAUUAAUGGAGCUUUGGAACCAUCUAACAUUGACACUAGCAUCCUGGAAGAGUACAUCAGCAAGGAGGACUCGCCAGAUAUCUGUUUCCCUGACAUCCCUGCUUCAGCCAGCUGUGCACACCCCCAACCCUCCAGCUCAGCCACCAUCAAUGCGCCCCUUGGCAACUCCAUCAGCAAUGCUGGCCAUGUGACCAACCCUGCUUCCAGCGGUUCCCUCCACCUUCCUCCCCCAGGCAGCCAGAUCCCAAUCCGUCAUGGUCCUCCUUUGACCAACCCUUGUGGACCCAGCUAUGGCGCUCACCUCAACUGCAAUAACAACAAUGGCAUGGUGGUGCCCAAGGGCUACCUUGGUGGCCACUGCAUAAACAAUGUGGUCCCUCCAAUCAAAGCGGAGCCCAAGGCCUCCUAUGCACCUGGCACUUUACCCGACUCUCCCCCGGACUCUGGAUCGGAAGCCUACUCCCCUCAGCAGGUGAAUGAUCCUCACCUUCUUCGGACCAUGACCCCCGAGAAUAUGUGCCACAUCACUCCCCCUUCCCGCCUGGAGCAUCCUCCUCCGCCKCCUCCACCUCCUCACCUUCAGGGUCCUCCCCCGCCUCCACCUCACCCUCACCAGCAGCAGCUCAACCCUCAUUACCCCAGCCUGCAGCGGGAGAUGUACAUGAAGGCCGAGCCGUUGAUGCCACCGUACGGCAUUGGGCAGGGCAUGUCGCCAGGUGACCUCCACAAUGCCCAGCAGUCGCAGAUGCUGCAUCAGCUCCUCCAGCAACAUGGAGCAGACCUCCCCAUGCACCCUGCCAAGAAGAGGAAACACUCCGAGUCACCUCCCAACACCCUCAAUGCACAAAUGCUCAACGGGCUGAUAAAGCAGGAGCCGGGUAUGGGGUCCGUGCCACUCAACCCUGACAGAGUCCAAACACCCCCCUGGCACCAGCCGGGGGCCCUUUCACCAGGCCUGAUUCAAGAUAAUGACAGCUUGAAUGGCUCCUACCUGGAUCCCAACUACCAGUCUAUAAAGUGGCAGCCACAUCAGCAAAACAAAUGGGCAACCCUGUAUGAUGCCAACUACAAAGAACUCCCUAUGCUCACCUACCGCGUAGAUGCCGACAAGGGAUUCAACUUCUCAGUGGGUGACGACGCCUUCGUGUGCCAGAAGAAGAAUCAUUUCCAAGUCACGGUCUACAUUGGCAUGCUUGGAGAUCCCAAGUAUGUGAAGACUCCCGAGGGCCUGAAACCCUUAGAGUGCUUCUACCUGAAGCUUCACGGAGUGAAGCUAGAGGCCUUGAACCAGUCCAUCAACAUAGAACAGUCACAGUCAGACCGCAGCAAACGGCCCUUCAACCCGGUCACGGUCAACCUGCCUCCAGAGCAGGUCACCAAGGUGACUGUGGGGCGGCUGCACUUCAGUGAGACCACAGCCAACAACAUGCGAAAGAAAGGCAAACCCAACCCCGACCAGAGGUAUUUCAUGCUCGUGGUAGCUCUGCAGGCACAUGCCCAGAACCAGAACUACACGCUUGCAGCUCACAUCUCCGAGCGUAUCAUCGUCAGAGCCUCAAACCCAGGUCAAUUUGAGAGUGAUAGCGAUGUGCUCUGGCAGCGGGCACAGCUCCCUGAUACCGUCUUUCACCACGGUCGAGUUGGCAUCAAYACGGACCGCCCCGAUGAAGCCCUUGUGGUCCAUGGCAAUGUGAAGGUCAUGGGUUCCCUGAUGCAUCCUUCAGACAUGCGAGUGAAGGAGGACAUCCAGGAGGUGGACACAACAGAGCAGCUGAAGAGGAUCUCCCGUAUGCGACUAGUACACUACAACUACAAGCCGGAGUUUGCAGCCACUGUGGGCAUUGACAACACCUCUGAAACAGGUGUCAUUGCUCAGGAAGUAAAGGAGAUCCUCCCAGAAGCCGUGAAGGACACUGGGGACCUGGUGUUUUCUAAUGGAAAGACCCUAGAGAACUUCCUGGUGGUUAAUAAGGAGCGGAUAUUCAUGGAGAAUGUUGGAGCUGUGAAGGAGCUGUGCAAGCUGACGGACAACCUGGAGACCCGCAUCGAUGAGCUGGAAAGAUGGAGYCAUAAACUGGCCAAACUCAAGCGGCUGGAUAGCAUGAAGUCAACUGUGAGCUCUGGGGCAUUCAGCCAAACAGGCAGCCAGUUCAGCCGUGCAGGGAGCGUACCCCACAAAAAGAGGCCACACAAAGUAGCCAGCAAGUCACCAUCAGUUGUUCCAGAACAAGCCUGCAUCAGCCAGCGCUUCCUGCAAGGCACUAUCAUUGCCCUGGUCAUCAUCAUGGCAUUCAGUGUGGUGUCCAUGUCUACCCUCUACGUGCUGAGCUUGCGCAAUGAGGAGGACCUUGUGGAUAUUGAUGGCUCUUUUGCUGUGCCCCCUGCCUGUCUCCUGGCACUCUUUCGGCAUAAGGGUCCUGGGGUCCCAGUUGCUCUAUGUCCACGGUCAAGUCAGAACUUUGAUAAAACUCAGUUGGUGCCAUCCACAGUCACAUCUGACAGAGCCAGUGACAGGACCUCAACGCACCAAGUCACAGUGAACGUGCAUGACUCUGUCUACCGUUUACCUGGCCAAAGUGUGCUGGCGUGUUUCAACCCUCCGUGUUUCUCCACAUGCUGCUCUGCUGCUCCCACCAAUGUCUCCUCCACUGCCCUCUCUGAGACCAGCCCCACUCGUGCCACUAACAGGACAGACCAAAGUCAGAUCUCGCUUCUGCCAGUGACAAAUAUCAAAGCUAAAUCGAGGGGUGUCACCGGGAAAGCGACCUCCUACGCCAAAUGGCCAAAGACACCUGACAGGUCUCAGGGUUUUGGCAGCCCCAAUGCCAGCCCCUCCUCCCCUUUCAUCCACGUCCAGGGCAAAUCCAAGUACAUCUCCAACCUCUCGCUCUCCCGCAGCAACUCGCCGCUGGGGCAGGCCCGGCAGCAGCGCAGUGUCAAGCAGCCGGUGAGCGAGUGGCCCCACGCAGGGCAUCUUGGCACAGAUGGGUCAAGCCCAGUGCUCCGUUCCAUCCGGCUCUUGGAAAUUAAUGUAGCCAUCCAGUCGCAGUACUGUGCUGCCAGUGACGCGUGCAGGACUGGAAACUUCACCUACCGCAUCCCUGUCAGCCAGCUGACAGCAGUAAACACCAAUCUGACCCUGGAGAUGAACACCUCUUCUGUUGUAUCCAUCUCCCUUUGUGGCCUUGUCUCUAGCGACCCAUGCCACGAUGCCACGAGCACGGACAGCCUCAUCAAUGCCACCGACACCCAGGAAACAGUGCACCGUUGGCCUCUUGUGAUGAUGUCUUUCCAGGAGUUCACCUACCACUUCAGAGUAGCACAGCCUGGUCGAGCCAACUGCAGCACCGCUCCUGAGCAGAUUGGACACCUUUUCACUGACUAUUAUUUUCAGUUUUACUGGCUCUGUGAGUGAGUCCUGGCAGCUUCRGUACCCCCUGGUUGGAGAGAGGAGGGAGACUGGUGGCACAGGGGAGACUUCUCUGCACCCUCUUCCACUAGCCCCUGGCCUCUCCUUGUCCCUGUCUCCCGCUUCGGGUGCGGAGUUGGUUUGGUGUUGGCCUGUUGACACAGACACAGCGSAAGCAGAGCACAGGACUUAGGCCACAGAAACACAACCAAUCCCGCCCUUCCUCUUGGACUGACCUUAUCGCUGACUGCUGCCACCCUGUGCUGUCCUAGACAACUCUCCCCUUCCCCUACGGGGCUACCUGUGCCCUCCAUCACUUCUCCCUCUCCCUGCUACACUGGAUUUGAAAGCAUUACACUGGAUUGUAUGUGGAUGGGCCUGCCACAUCCCAGAGCGCAACUGGGAGCUCCACCGUGUCUACUGGCCCCGAGGUGCUGCAUUCCCUCUCUACAACACUGGAAUUGCUCAACAGUGGAGGCCUUAUAUUGAAACACUGGAAUUUAUUGUGGAAAGGAAGGCUGUGCCUAGACGUACACUGGAGUUGCUGUUCCUUCACAGYGGCCCAGGGCCAUUCCUGUCAGCCCCGUUCCACAGACUCCUGGAGGCCACAGGGUCCAUGAAUUGUGUGUUUUCUGCCGACGACAAGAAAAAGGGCAAACGUCACCACCUGCAGGUUCCCUUGCCCUCCUCACUGUGCUCCAGCCUCCACAGUACACAGGUCUGCAUGGAUGAACACAAGAACCUCACUGAGAUGCUGCUAAAGCUGUGCACAGACCUAACCACGUGGCGGGGGGAUACUUAUCAKCAGUGCACGGGAGAAAAAUUACCCAAGAGUUACCUGCCCCAAGUGCCAUGGGAACCCGCUCCUUGUCACCGCGUGUCGCCUCUGUGUGAUGGGCAGCUGCUCCGCUGGCUGGGGAGUCGCCACAAGCACCGCUGCCCAGAUGUGCUAAAGGGAGCCCAGCAGCAAAGGCUGCUGCAGCCUGCGGAGCAGGACGGGGCUUGUUCCACACGCCGUGGUUGGUUUCUCCGCACUGCGUGACGAAUGCCUCUCUGCUGUCUGAGGAGUUGCUGCUAAGCAGUGAAGAAAAAAAGGCUUAUCUCCUACCACAGAGGCAGAAAUGACAGGGACUGUGGGCCCCCACUCUCACUGUUGUUCCCAAAAAAGAAAAAAAAAAAAAAAAAAAAGCAGUAAUGUUAAGUGUAUUUUGGGUAUUUUACUGUUACAAAAUCUUAACUUGCUAAACCACUAAUUUUUUUAAGCUGUAUAAAAGAAAAAAAGUGCCUUUUCAGUCUGUCACUGCUGAGCUACGUGUUUCUCACAUAGGAAACCAAAGGGGGCUUUGCUAAGCUCCGUGUUAAAGCCUGACUUGUACCGUGGUGCUGGGACGUGUCAGACCGACAGCUAGCAGCGCCCRCGUGUCCUCCUCCCCAUCCUGCUCCAGCACCUCUAGUAAAGAAGUAAAGACGGAAACAUCUUCACUCCUGGAUGCUGAGCCACUACCACGUUAAUACUUUUGAGACUUGUGUUUUUU